AUGAGAAUGCUCACCAGUAAGAUCCUGACAAUUCUCGCAUGCUCUGCACCUAAUCCUGGCUCACUCGACCUUUCAGACUUGUGGCGCUGGAUCAGUGAACAGUUGGCUAGCCGUAAGCCCGAGGUCGUGGAUGUGGUGGUGCAAGAAGUGGAAUCUUUACUCCGCGUACGCCAAUUCCGUAUGCCAUUCUGGAACACUCAAAAUACCAUUAAAGAGCUCUAUGACAUCAUUCCAAAGCUUACAGAUAUUGCCAAGGCAGCCAUGAAAGAAAAAGUAAUCCGUGUUGCCAUCGCUACUCUCAAGAAUCUUGUUGAGAAGGCUCCCUCCGAAAACCUUGCAUCAAUGCUUGUUGCCAAGCUGCUCCCCUUCACUGAAAACUUGAGCACGCGAAAGUGGUCGGAUCCCGAUAUUUUGGAGGAUAUCGAUUACGUGAAAGAACGCCUUCAGGAAAACUUCCAAAGCUUGACCACGUUUGAACAAUAUGCAUCCGAGGUCGAAACGGGCAAACUUGAAUGGUCACCUCCACACAAAUCCGAGACUUUCUGGAAGGAGAAUGCUUCUCGGCUUGAAGAAAAUAACUUCCAGUUGCUAAGACAACUAGCGCGUAUCCUCAGUACAGCAACUAGCCCUGUGAUCUUGUCUGUAGCUGCCAAUGACAUCGGUCAAUAUUCCAAAUAUGCGUCAAAACAGGGCAAGAAGGUUCUACAAGAAGUUGGGGCUAAGCAGCGGGUCAUGGAACUGAUGACCCACGAGGAUCAAGAUGUACGAUACCAAGCACUUUCUGCGGUGCAAAAGUAUAUGCACCAAGCAUGGUAA